AUGGAGGCAAUGGGGCUAACAGCCACCAAUUCUUCAUUCUUUCCUGAAUGUUGGUCAGAUGAUAGACGAAUGGGUGUUUUAUUAGCUGAAUUCCGACCAAGGCGACUAAACGCUGAAAGUUAUGAUAUGAAAAUUAAAUUCUGGAAAGACUUAAUUGUGUCAUAUUGCAUCGCGUCAGGAACCAGCACAGUAUCCAUUCUCAUGUUGAAGGAAAAGUUUCGUAGAAAUGGUACCGUUCCUUACUGCUUGCACACCGUAUUCGCGGACAUGCAGACGAAAGGAGAGCUAAGUAAAGAGAGGAAAUUCCAAGUUCAACGGCACGUUGGAACAUUUGGAUUUAACCUGUGGACAGCAACAACAUUGAUACAAGCUCCACUCUCGUGGGGAUAUGAAGCGGUGCUUGGUAGUGUAAUCGGUUCAGCAAAUAUUGAUGAAAACGAAAAUUUCAUUGUUACGGCUGUUGCAGAACUACAUGCCAAAACUAUAGAAAAUGCCAUCAUCGAACGCGAAAUGCAGAACAAAUUACUAAAAUACGAGGAUCUGAUUACUUUAGUGCAAGAAACAUCAACUAUAAAACCACAUGGCGUAGAAACAGCAGUAACAUUACUCGAAAAUACAGGGCGAUUAACAAAACAGACGAUAAUCAGUGGUGAAACUAGCACGAUACUCAUCAAAUUUGCUGGAGUAAAUGCAGUUGCUCAACCCAUAACAAGCAUUGAAAAGUCCAUAUAUGAUCUUGAGCAGAGCGCUAAACGAUUAAUGAAAGACAUUAACAUAAUCGAAAAUAGCAUAAGCCAAACAAUGGAUGAAGUUCGGGAAUUUAUAAAAAACGGACGUAAGCAAAUGGCGAAAACAUAUUUGAAAAAGAAACAUACUCUCGAAAAGCAUAUGCAGGGUAAGAUUAAUGCAUUGGAAAACCUUCAAAGUUUACUUCUGAAAAUUUAUAAUUGUCAAUCUGAUAAAAACGUAAUAGAGGCAUAUAAGUUAGGCACGAGCGCCUUGAAGAAUGCAUAUGAAGCUGCAGGUAUUACAAUUGAUCAACUAGAUGAAACCAUGGAUGAAAUGAGACACGUAUUAGGACAGCACAAUGAAAUAUUAUCAAUGAUCGGCACAGUUUCAGAAAGUGAUGUCGACGAACUAGAGCUUGAACAAGAGCUAGGAGACCUGAUAGAUAUAAAGCUAGUUGAAAGUAAAAUCGAUAAAAAGGAUUUCCCGACAAUCCGUCCUACUUCUACUAUUGACAACAAUAUCAAUAAUGUUCCUGACUUUGAUAGAGAAAUCGAGAAACGGUUGGCAGCUCUCAGAGUUGAUGUAAUUGAUGGAUACAAAUCAGCAGAUCAUGCACAAUGAACAGAGGCC